AUGGAAUCCCUUAUUAAAGUUUAUGUUGCACCUGUGAAUGAACCAAACAUGGAGCCCUUUAGUGAACCCCUUGGUGGAUCUAGUGAUAGUGAGGGUAGUGAAGAUUUAAGUGACAGUGACGAUAGUGAUUUUUUUGUCGAUGAGGAUAACUUAUUGGAUGACCCUGAAGUGGACAUGUUGAAUUUCGACCAUAUUUUUUAUGAUAAUUUGGGGUGGAUUGGUGAUACUCUUGUUACAAAAGACAAUGUACUAAUGUCUGAUGAGGAAGUGGGGUUAUCAACACAAAUGUUUUAUAAUCUGGAUCAUCAUCCGAUGAAGGUCAAAUAA